AUGGAAAUUGGCGUGUUUGCGGCGGAUUUAAUCAUUUUUUUGGCCCGGCAUGGACACGAUGGAAAAUUCUGUGGUGACGCAAGCCGUAUUCUAGUGUUGCUGUUGGUUUGCUCUGAGGAACUGGAUGGCAGUUUCGGUGUCGAUCGGAUUGUUUCGAGAGAUGGCACUGCUUGGGAUGUUGGUUUCGAUGAGGUUACAACAGUGCUCCGCAUCGAAUAUGAUGACUGA